UUGAAUACAUGUUUUAUCUAACUCUUGGGUUAAAUUUUAGAAAGCGGAAAAACAUGUCGUCUUUGAAAGACAUAGUGGUUUUGUAUCAAACAUUGAAACGUGAAUGGGACAAAAAACCACAAAAUUUAGACAGAUGCGGAGAGUUGCUGAUCAAGUUGAAGAUUGCCCUGACUGGUGUAACAUUUUUACCUACAGAUGAUACAUCUCCUACUAAGCAAGAACUUCUUGUUGCACGUGACAUUUUAGAAAUAGGAGCACAAUGGGCAAUAGCUAAAAAAGAUACCACAGCAUUUGAAAGAUAUAUGGCACAGCUUAAGUGUUACUACAUGGAUUAUAAGGAAAAUUUACCAGAAUCAACAUAUAAGUAUCAACUAUUAGGCCUGAAUUUACUUUGCUUGCUAGCACAGAACAGAGUUGCAGAAUUUCACACAGAACUAGAGUUAUUGCCUGUUAAAGAGUUGCAGAACAAUAUUUAUAUAAAGCAUCCUGUUUCAAUGGAGCAGUAUUUAAUGGAAGGCAGUUACAACAAGGUUUUCUUAGCAAAGGGCAAUGUACCUGCUGAAAAUUACACAUUUUUCAUCAAUAUAUUAUUGAACACCAUCAGAAAUGAAAUUGCAAGUUGUAUAGAAAAGGCAUAUGAGAAAUUGGCCUUACAGGAGGCAGCCAGAAUGUUGUUUUUUGAAUCUGUUAAACCCAUGAAAGAAUAUGCUGUACAGCGUGGUUGGACUUUAGCAUCAGAUUCCUUUUUUUAUUUUCAACAAGAGAAGAAGGUAACAGAUGAAAGUAUCCCAGCUAUGCAGUUAGCAGAACAGACAAUUGAAUAUGCUAGGGAAUUGGAAAUGAUUGUAUAACAAACUUUAAGCCCUAACUAAUGUAAUGAUUAAGCUGCAGAUUGUUGCAGUUUAAGAUGUAUUGUUAAACAACUUUUUUGUUCAGUGGAGGAGAGUUAUUCUUCCUGUUGUCAUAAUAAAAAUGAAGGAACA